AUGAGCCAGUCUUUCCUGAUACAGAUGGUGUUAGCCAGGUGCUCUGAUGUCAACUCCAGUGUGCGUUCCCGUGCCAUAGCAGGGUUUUCCCAGUGUGUGGCAUCUAAAGACUCAGCCGUAGGUCUGACCAUUAAGGAGAUGUUUACCCCUAGGAACGGCCCCCUGGGGAGAGUACCAAUAUCGAGAGUGGUGCCAACCCCUGAGACGCAGCGGACAGCACCGGCCUCAGAGGGUCAAGGCUCUGAGGGUCACGCCCCUCAAGAAACAGAAACCAGCUCAGAUAAGACCAUUGACGAGACAUCGGACAAGACAGUUGCAACAGAAGGACAGGCUUUGGAAGGCCCCCCUGCUGCUGCUACUGUGGACCCCAAGGAGAGUACUCCUCUGCCUGUGGCGGCACUGGCGGUACAGCUUACACCGGGAGCAGAGUUCUCUCUGGCUGAUGGUAAAGGAGUAGUGUCUAUGCUGCGAAGGCGUGCCUGUGACGAGAAGGUCAACGUGAGGAAAGCUGCUCUCCAGGCACUGGAGAAUGUCAUCAGGAUGGAGGGAGCUGCCUUUAACAAACAGGACCUGGACAUUCUAAACGAGAGAUGCCAGGACCCAGCACUGUCCGUGAGGAAGCAGGCCAUGAUGUCACUGACACAACUCCUCUCAGAGAUGCCAGAUAACAGGACGGUACAGAGCUUGUGGCUGGACGGUGUGCUCCCCAUGGUGAUGGACAGGGAGACAGGAGCCCAGGAGAGGUGUAUGGAGAUAGUGCAGGACAUUCUGCUGAACAACAUUGUGCCUUAUCACAGGUCCACAGAGCCUGAGCACAAGAUGGCGUGGAGCAUUCUGGGGAUCAUGGCGGGAAAUGAAGGUGUGGACCUGAGACGAUUCCUGCAGAGGGCGUGUCAGCACCUGUCUCGCCAAGGUCAGUUGAAGGCCAGUGUGGUCAGCGUACUGCAGACACAUAUAGGGACAGAAAACAAUGCAGGGGUCUGGAUGCUGUUGGCUGAGAUGGCGCCCCAUCUUGGCAAGUUUAACUCAAGCUUUGUUCUGGACUACUGGGAUACCAACAUGUCGUCUGCCACAGAGGUAGACUUCAGCACUAUGGGUAGAGUUCUCACUGUUCUUGGAUGCCUUGCUAAACAUCUCCCCUCGGACGUCAGACUGAAAGUGGCAG